ACCGCUUGCACCUACUACAAAUACAAAAAGUUUAAAAAGUAUACAAAAUCAUGGAAUUUAAUAAAAAAGUUAAAAUAGAACGCAAUGCUGAAUACGAUCAUUUAGAGAAGAAAUAUCCUCAUAACGUGCUUUUAUAUGAAGAAACUCCAACAGAUACCAUAAAACUGGAGGAAUUCGAACAAGUAGCUCUUCAACGUUUACAAGUAUUACGUAUUUAUGAACAGGCCCAGGCAAGAGGUUUGCGUUUAUUAACCGAUGAGUGGAAAAGUUUUGUACAAAGCGAAUUGUCCAACGAAGGAUUGAAGGGUUAUCUGCGUUUAAUAACUAACGCUGGCAUUGGCAAUAACAUCAACAAUACGACCAACAGCAGUAAAUAUGAAUUUGAGCUAGAAUCAAGGAGAAAGGAUUAUUUGUCCCAUUUUAUAUUGCGAUUGGUCUAUUGUAGGUCAACUGAAUUGAUUCGAUGGUUUGUCACACGGGAACUUGAAUUGUUUAAGCAUAAAUUCUCGUCGAUGACAGCGAGUGAAAUUAAGCAUUUCAUUAAAUUGCAUCAACUUAACUAUAUGCCAUUGAGCCAAGAAGAGAAGCAAUCAUUAAAAGAAGAUCUGAUCGAGAGCACUGUUGGUUAUAGUGCUGCGUUGGUGGAAACAUUAGAUUUUUACAAAGUACCUUUCACUCAAGUUUUAGACUUAGUACGUACACGACGCUGUUUAGUUCAUCGUGGAUACUGUUACAUUACCAUACAUGAUGUAAUUUCGAUAGCCGCUUCAAAGCAACAAGAACUUAUUGAGAAUGGUUUGGAUUGUGUUAAAUUGCUUAUUAAUGAAGUGGACACAGAUGAGCGGCUUUAUCGUUUCAUUAAAUCGUUGCAUACGUCGUACACGGGCAAGGAUUACACAAUUAGUAAAAACGCAAGCGUUCCAAUCGAAUGCUUAGAUGACUUGUCAAAUAAAUCAUUUCCUCUUUGUAUGAAGGUAUGUCAUGAGCACAUUCGAACACAUCAUCAUUUAAAGCAUGCCGGACGUAUGCAAUAUGGACUUUUCUUAAAAGGAAUUGGUGUAACUAUGGAAGAUUCCGUACGCUUUUGGCGUGAUGAAUUUAUUAAAAUGAUGGAUGCAGAGAAAUUUGCCAAAAAUUAUCAAUACAAUAUUGAACAUAACUACGGUAAAAGAGGUUCUAUGACGAAUUACACGCCGCAUUCCUGUUUAAAAAUUAUAAAAGAAGUAGCUACACCCGGUUCAGCCAAUGGUUGUCCCUAUAGGCUCUAUGAUCAGAAUACCCUCAGGCAAAAGUUAAGUUCAAUUGGUUUAUCGGUUGCUCACAUUCAAGAUGUAAUGCAAUAUGUGGCAAAGGGUCACUACCAAUUAGCAUGUGGAAAAUUCUUCCAAAUUUCUCAUAAUUCGCCGGACGAAGUGGCGAUUAAUCAUCCAAAUCAAUACUUUGAAUUAAGCCAGACUUUGAUGGGUCAACGUGGUGAAAGCAAAACAAAACGUUUACCAUCCAAGACGGCAAAGAAAAAUGAUUUAGAUACUGUUUUCGAUAAUGAACUCUGGGAUGUCGAUAUGCCGAUAGAUAAUGAGGAAAAUCUGAAUAAAACGAGUUAACAUUCAAAAACGACAUUUUCCAAUCGUUUUGCAUACAUUCAUAUAUUGGUACCAACGAAA